AUGGCAAAAGACCCCUUUGAGGACUCAAAUUACUUCUGUUCCUUUGGGAUGAAAUUAACCUGGGACAUCAAUGACCCCAAGUUACCACAGGAGAACAAGCACUUUGAUUCCUUCCAGGAGUGGCCAGAUGGUUAUUUGCGAUUCAUCUAUUCCAGUGAGGACAAAAAUGCGCAGCGGCAUCUCAGCGGUUGGGCCAUGCGCAAUACCAAUAACCACAACUGCCAGAUCCUCAAGAAGUCCUGCCUCGGGGUGGUGCUUUGUGCCAGGAAUUGUACCCUGCCAGAUGGGACCAAGCUACAGCUCCGGCCUGCCAUAUGUGAUAAGGCUCGCCAAAAGCAACAAAAAAAACAUUGCCCAAACUGCAGUUCAGCAAUUGAGUUAAUUCCUUGCCGGGGACAUAGUGGCUACCCAGUAACUAACUUCUGGAGACAUGAAGACAAGGCAAUAUUUUUCCAGGCCAAGGGAAUACAUGACCAUCCAAGACCAGAGAGUAAAUUGGAGACAGAGGUCAGAAGAAGUGCCCUUAAAAAGCAAACACCAUCUUCUCAUUCAUCCCAGAAAAAAAGGCUUCUGGAUUUUCAGACAGGACCAAGUAAUGAGAAUGGUAAUCACUUUCAUUACAUUCAUCAUUUGGCAUGUGAAGAUGGAGCAGAAAAGGUCAGUGUAAUUACAGAUACCAGCCUACCACUCCUAGCUCAGUCUCACCAUUUAUUUCAAAAUGCAGAAGCAUACAACAUUUCUUACGAAGCAGCCAACUUUCAAGGGGAUAUUGUAUCACCGCUCCAGAAGUACCCAAGCCCCAAAAUCUAUACAUCUAAACCAGGCUGUGGUUAUGAAUGUGCAUUUCCUGGUUACAUCAGUUCCAGCUUGUAUCCAACAUUUCACAAAGAUCUGAUGGAUAUCCCAAUGGAUACUGAUCAUGUUAUGCUGAAUGGACUUCAAUAUCAUGUCAAUUUGCUGAAUGUCCAGGAAAAGAACUUUGAUGGCCCUCAUACACAUCACGGAUUGAAACAACCCUUAGGGGAAAGUAACAAUGGAGAAAGGGUUAGCUAUGGACCAUGUCAACCCAAUGCCCAUUAUAGUGAAGAAUAUGCUUGUAGAUAUAGCAGUCAAUCCUCUCUGGAAGUCCCUGCUUUGCAAACAGUUAUAACCACUACUACGAAGAUGUCCCUCGAGGCCUAUAAGCCUCCUGCAGCAAAGUGUGUCGACAAUUUCUAUGAUGCAAAGGAUCUUUUGAACUCUCCCCUGGCAGACAACAUUUCCGGCAAUGUCUGCCCAGAGAUCAACUUCCAAGAAGACUGGGUCAUGGCAAAGUCACAUUUGAUUGGUGAGCAUUUUCUGACCGCUCAUGAGGCAGAACAUGCAGCAUCAGUGGAUGCUUGUCCAGGUGGUCUUCCUAACACAGAAAAAAGUUAUACUGGGUACCAAGGACAGACUUUCAGAUCUGAGAAUACUGAAUACUAG